AUGAUCAGCUACUGGCUGUUCCUUGUGGUAGUCGUCUUUACCCUUAACACCAUGCUCCGUCGGCAACUCGGUACCGGUCACUCGAACGCUAUCUUCAAGAUUAUUCCGCUUGCGAUUAUUGCAUUGAUUGGCGUCCUGGCAUGCGUCGUAGCGGGCAUGGCUGCAUACCUCAACGCCGAAACUGGACGUAUUUACACCUCCCGUUAUCGGUAUGGGUAUUCGAACGUGGGCAGUAUCGUCUAUCCUCUAUCAGGCUUGAGAGUUGCAUUCUACUCGUUGUACCUUAUAAGCUUGCUUGUGUCUGGAGCACUAGCGCUCAAGACCAUCAUGUCCUUGCGCAAGGCAGGCAAAGCUGGAGGAGACCUCUUAGGCUGGGUUCUCGCCCUUACCAUCGCCAUGGUAUUCUGGACCAUCUGCACGCUCGUUGGCGCUGUAUGGAGUCUUCAAGGCUACUACGCGAGCACCUACUCGGUGGCAAGUUAUUUGGCUCUGGGUUAUCUCGUCAACUUUGGCCAAGCUCUCAGCUUCAUAUUUAUCCUGUGCAUCGCAAAGCACGUUUCCUGGAAGACCACAACUGGUGCCGAACCAAUGGCGUACCAAUCUCAAUACAGCCCCGUCGCCAACCCGGCUGCUCAGCCAUACCAACCAUAUGGACACAACAACUUAAAUGGCCACGCGAACGAGCAAUAUGGCUACAACGCCAAUGUUAAUGGCCAAGCGAACCAUUACCACGAAGCGCCUGAGUAUGUCGGCACCAACAAUGCAAUCAGGGCAUAA